GUAGACUGAUGUCUAUAAAGGUAUAGCUUGCUAUAACACAGUUAUCACAAGAUAUCUGCAUGUUUUCUGUUCAGUGCUCGGGUUGAAUCUUUGCAGUUCACAAUCCGUCCUGACCCUCAAGCCUCGAGCAGGGAACAGUGGACCAAAUAAUGCAAGCGGUACCAAAAGCAGUCACGGAAACCCUUUCAGCUGAUUUGGCUGUAAUCUUCCCCCAUCGCAGGACUUAUCAUGGUCGUAAAAUCAGUCUUAGUAUCUCAAACUCUUACUUAGGAGUAGAGCUCCAAAAGUGGUUCAUCUGUUCAUCUUAGUGGGAAUGUUCAUUUUUCUAUUGGAGGCAGUUGCAGCAGUUGCGACGUUGGAAGCGGGUCUCCCUUUGGCCGGGACAGUUUCAAUUGGCAUCUCAUUCUUCUUGGAAAACAACAAGCAAUCCAAGAGGCUAUUGGCCAGCUUAACAUAAUGACACAACGGACCACUCAUCAAUGAGACAGUCAGAAAAACGGGAGGGAAGCAAGACAUCUUUAUCAUCAUGACGCCUCGGGAGUAUCAAGAAUUGCACGACAGUUUCAACCUAUUUGACGAAAAGAUGGGGUUUCUGCAAUUAUCCCAAUCGACCAAUGAUAUGGUAUCGGAAGAAGUGAGAAACUUUGGAGAACAACGAACCGACCAUCGCCGUCGAAGGUCCGCCACAUCCUUGGAAGUAGGAAGUGUGCACAACAAUAGCCAGCGCAAAUCGUUUCCCGUCAAUGAACACCGUGGCAAGCGACGAACGGGACGCAAAAGUACCGGACAAAGUACCAAAAACAAUACUACUAAUGAAUCCCCGGCACGGCGUCGCGAUCGCAGCACCAGCAAUUCACGUGAUCGGAGUAACAGCAAUUCACGCGAUCGCAGCACCAGUACCACCCGAUCCGGUGGGAGCAGUAAAAUCCGAGGCCGAAGCAGCAGUGUGGCCAAUAAACGAAAUAGCCAUUCGAGGCAGAACAGCAAGAGUUCCUUGAGCACUAAAAAGACUGCCAGUAAGAGUCCCAAGCGAUCAUCUUCCAAAGAACAUACUAAUACGACAAUACCCAAACCGUCCUUGCAACGCAAUAAAAGUGGUCCUGGAAGAUUGCAGGACAGUUCCAAGAAUCUUGACUAUAAUGACGCCAACGAAGAGGAGGAAGAAGAAGAAGAGGAAGUGCCCCCAAGAUUAUCAUCUUCCAAACGAGUUAGCAGUAGCAGUAGUAGCAACAAGAAAAAUCGUGGAAGAAGUCGCAAACAACGAAGCAGUCUACCCGCCAACGAACCUCGCUCGGGCCCCAAAAAAGUUCCACCCGAAGCGUCUCCUUCUCCGUCCGUGCGAAAAAGCAAAAAUACCGCUUUGCACUUAUUUGAUCGCAGUGUCGGAUCCGAAGAAAGCUUUUUUGCAGAGGAAGAUGAUCCCACUCGACGGUUGGUCAAGGAAGCGGGGUAUCUAGAGGCCAGCGAGUACAUUAGCAACUCCAGGUCGGUUUCGCAGAGUCGAGCCAAAAGGGACGACAAAAACAAUAAUAAUGCAUCUUCCAGCACCAUGAGGUCGGUGUCGCUCAGUCGCAAAAAAGACCACGGUAACAACAAUACAUCGGCCAGCUCUCUGAGGUCAGGGUCGCUAAGUCGCAAAAAAGACGAUAGAAACAAUACAUCCUCCAGUACUCUGAGAUCAGGGUCGCUAAGUCGCAAAAAAGACGACAGAAACAACAACACAUCCUCCAGUACUUUGAGGUCGGGGUCGGUCAGCCGAAAUUCUGUCAGCAGGAAUAACACCUCGUCGAGCACUCUGAGGUCAGCGUCACAGAGCCGGGCCAAACGAGACGACAAAAACAGUACAUCUGCAAGUUCCUUACGGUCCGCGUCACUCAGCCGGGCCAAAAGGGAAGACAGAAAUCAUUCCUCUGCCAGCUCCUUUCGGUCACAGUCUCUAAGCCGGGCCAAAAGGGAAGACAGGAACCAUUCGUCUGCCAGCUCGUUGCGAUCACAGUCUCUGAGCCGUGCCAAAAACGAAGACAAAAACAAUACAUCUGCGAGUACUUUAAAGUCAGGGUCUAUAACCACCGGAAGCAAGGAAGCUAGUAGAAAUGACGAGGACGAUUUCAAAAUCAUCCGGUCAGCUUCCCUGAGCCGACCCAAGGGCGUGGAUGACUACAAGGAUGACAAAAAUAAGAAAAGAUCGUCCUCCAUCAUGAGCAGAAAACGAGAGUCCGCCAAAAGCAGUAAGGAUGAGAACGACAGCAGCGGCAACAAUCCAAAGUCGACAGCACCGAGGAAAAAGGAAUCGUCAGGGAAAACCAAAAACAACAACAACAACAACAACAACAAGUCUCUGAAAAGAAUAGGAACAUAUUUCCCCAAAAACGAGCCACGGGGUGGUCUUGUUCGUCGUCGGUCAUUCACAGAUGCUUCGUCCAUUUUAAUUUUUGAUGAUGAAGACGCCAGUAUUAUGAGCGAUGAAAGGAGCGUGGGAACACGACAAACAAUCCUGGACAUUCUGGCUUCACCCACCACAUCUCGACCCAAGUUGUCCUUUCCAAUUCAAAGAAGGGUCCCGAGUCAACCCCAUCCGGAACACUUGAAACGAAAGAGCCGCACGGCAACAGCAAAAGACAAAACCCGCAGUUCUUCAAAAUCCAAGCGAAAAAGCCGAGCCCAAGGCAACAUGCCGACGGCUGUCCCAAUGACGCCAUCCCGCCUUCCCAAUCUUCUGGCACCGCAUUCUGAUGAUGAGCACGAGGAUGGACAUGAUUCUCAUAAGAAUCUGCUGGAAAACAUUAGCAUUUCGGAUAUUAUGAGUCCAGUCAAGAGUAAAAACCUUUUGGAAAGGAUCGCGAAGGAUGCCGCUUUGGCCCUUACAGAUCGAUGGCACACGGUCCCAGUGGGCGCGACACCUGCACCAGAAACCAGUGGCAAAAAUAGCGCCAACAACAAUAGCAACGGCGAGAACUCUCCGGAACCUUUCGUUGGUUUCAAAAACAAUGACGAUACCCAGGAUGAAACAGAAGAAGAAGCAGUACCGCCUGUUCGUGCUGGCAGUGCAGCUGAGCGAGAGGCCAGACGCAGAAGCCGCAGAGAACGCAUUAAGGAAAAAACUGGAGGAGGAGAAGUACGCAAACGACGGAGCGAAAACGUAACAUCGCCCAAGCGUCGGGAACGCAAGCAUUCGGACGCAAUGAUGAGCAAGUCCGACACUCACUUUUCCGUGCGUCGACGGUCGACAGCCCCUAGUGCAGGCCAACGGCGUCAGUCAGCAAGCCGCAGUCGAUCCCGAUCGAACUCGCGGUCGUUGUCGCGGUCUGCCCGUUUGCGGCCCCGAAACUCCUUGGCAGCCAACCCAGAGGAGCAAGCCAACUUUCAUCGACGUGCAGAGUCGAUCUUUACACCCAAACUCGACAAUGAUGAUACUGGGGGGGAAUCCGACGUCAGCGAUCGAAUGGAGCACGAGAUCAAGCCAGAACCUCCAAGGCGAACGUCCUUGCUGACUAUGCAGACACUAUAUGGGGGAGGUCGAGUGGAGACUGGAGUUGCGGAAAAGGACGAUUCGGAACAAGGGGAGCGAGGCAAGCGCUCAGCAUCGCUUGGUCCAACGAGGAAUUCGCAACGCAAACUACCUGUGGAGGAAGAUCUAGACGUGGCUCAACAUUCAGGAAGUAGAAUGCUAUCGUCAGUUUCCGACACGGGUUAUCGGAUGCGAACAGCUUCGACUGGAAGAGCCAGUAGACGGCGUCUUUUUGAUUCUUCUGGGGCUUUGGAUACCGAAGCGGUGAAACGAGGUGGACGGAAUCGUCUUGCCAAAGAAAGAAAGAGCCGAACUUCCUCUUCAGACUUGGAAAACGACUUCAACAAGAGCGACAUGGAAUUGUCACACGAGAGCGCGAGCACUUUGAAGAGCAACGCGGGAAGCCGGGGAAGUAACAAAUCCGGUUCAACUCACCAUCAAAAUCAGCGGCGAAGGAGGCACACAGUGGCGAAAGAUCAGUUGCACAAGAGCAUCUCGACCAUACCCGACUUGGAGCCCAUGGAAGAGGAGGCAUUGGUUGCGGCCUCAGCUCAUUCCAAGGCCCAAAAGUUGGACUCUAUAUCAGAGCAGGUGUGGCAAAGAAGACGUCGCGCUUCUUCCGUGGGCAGAGAUGAAAUUUAGACGAAAAUUUCAUCACGGUAACGCUCUAAAACUAGCUUGUAUCUUGUGGAAGCAAAGAAGCCGUGUUCAACCUGCCUACUACCAUCAAAUCCUCGAUCCGUCAGCUUGCUGUCGCCGAUAUGAUCUUACGAAAAGGUGUUUCGACUGCCAAUGUACCCCAAUAGCCUGAAGGAGGAGCGUCCGAACCCCAGAGUCGGACCCUUAACAAGAUCAGCGAAAAGCGAAGACGACGUCGAGACUGGGGGGCAUCAUGAAAUUUGAAUGUAUCCGUUACAAUAGCUGACUACAACUAGUUCAAAGAUGCUUGCACUAGCAGCCAUGGGAGCUCUGUUGGAAUAAUGAAUUGCGUUGCUUCAUCGAAGCUUGUAGCUAUAAGCACUCUUGGUCUUGUGGCAGGUUGACUUCUAGCUACCUAGUAGGAGUAGCAGUAGCAGUUGCCGUUAGAGGCUGAAUUGGGUACCGGUAGAGGAGCAAAUAGAUACAAAAAGCAAGUUUGAUAAGGAAAGCCCCCUCUGAAUUAUCGACGGACACAAAGUCAGGUACCACACGACUUACCCGAGUAGCUUCUUUCCUUCUUUUGACUCGAAGUUCAGACCAGGGAGACUGAUUGCCGGAGGCUUGUCUUGCCCCUUGACCACUGUUCCCUGUCCAAACGUCCCACCUAGGAUACCCACUUCGCCUCCUUCGCUACUAACAGACCCAGAGAGUCCAUCACGUCUGUCAUCUUGGGCGCAGUAAUCAAGGCAGCUUUCAGUACAGUAGUUGGAAGUAUCGUUGGGUACCACCUGCUUGCAAUUCUUGACGCAAUCCUGCAAACAGUCUGGUUUUGCCAAUGCCGGUUGAGGAGCACUGGACCAACCAAGGGCAAAACUGGAUAAGAGAAUUCCGGCUGCGGGUGUUCCCAUCAGAAAUGAUCUUCUCGAGAGUUCGCCAUCUUCUUCUGCCGCAGUCGACGACUCGUGUGAUGCCAGGGAGAUGAGGGGCGAUGUUUGCUUUCCAGCUGUGGAUGUGAAGGCCAAGGCCACUGGAAGCAGGACAGCGAGGGCAAUCAAAAGUGUGCGAGAUACACUGUCGACUUGUUGUCGUGAGUUAGCCAUGGUGAAUUCCUCUGCUGUUGUGGUGGUACAGUCGUAGUUUCUUCCAAUGGCUUCAAGCUAGCAAGUAGUGCUUCCGACAAAGAUUUGUCUGUUGUUGUGAGGUGAGAGCUUGAUGGCAACGUGAUGGUCACCCGCGCCACUCAAUUUGUACGGUAUCUUUUUAGCGUUAGGGUCACUCAUAGAAGCUCAACAGCUGCCCCCCUAACCUUCUUCGCCCCAACAAGACCUUGCACGGAUCCUUUUAAUAAAACAAAAACUACAUGUACGGUAAUGUAACUCUUGCUUGCUGUUGGCUCAACCUCGCGAUGGACGGGCAACGCUGUUGCUACGUCCACGAGCACCUCUUUGAUCAUUCGGUUUGGUGUGCGGGGCCUCGGAGCUACCUGAAGCAGCAGCAAACUGGUAGGCCAUGGCCGGCUAGAAAUUCUGGCUGCCAUCCAACAGAUUGCUCCUACGAUAAACGCACGCCCAAUAUUCAUUCAGUUGUGUUUCGAUUAUCUUUUACUUUCUCAAAACUAAAACUACAAUUUCCAAAAAAGGGGUGUCUUCUGAAAUGGGCAAAACUUGCAACAUGCAUCCACCAUCCUCAUCAACCAACGUGUGACAACUGCCGCCAUCCUCUUGAUGGCCGAUCUAUCUAUCGAGCCAACAAAAAUCCAGACUGGCUAGUCACUGCACCAAAAUACGCUGGUUGAGUUUUGUCUGCUUGCUUGCUUUCUUCCUUUACUCUUCCUUGGUCAAACCGUUAAGCUUCAUUUCGUGGUCAUUCAAACCACUGUUGCCCCAGUCAUACCAACCAACACCCUUGACGGUGGUGUAAGCCAGAGUGGCAGGCAACAAGGCUGAUCCAGCCCAAGAUCCGGCAAUGGCACUUCCUGCAACAGUUCCCAGAGCAGGGGCCACAUAUGGCUCAAACCAGGCAGUGCACGUUCCAAUGUAGGUAGAAUAAAGGCCACUCUUCAAUUCUUGUUCUCGGUGUCCUUCGUGUUGGGGGUUCAAGGCGGCAUCUCCAGCACAGUACAUGGCAACACCACCAAAGAUGAACAAAAAGGUGUGGGCGACAAAUGUGGCAGGGGACUUGGCAAAGCAUAGGGGGCGUCCCAAGUACUUUCCAAAGAAAUGUUGAGAGGUGUGGUCGGUAAUGGCCAAGCAACCAGCGACGCCGACAAUGUGCUGUGUGCGCGUUCCCCACCAGUUCUGAUCCACGGGGCGGCCAAUGAAUUGGUUAAAGUAUCCAUAGUCCAUCUGUUGUUGUUGUCGUUAAUGUUGUUGUUUGUAGUUGUACCGGUAGCAGUAAUCAGGUCAAUAAAAGCGUGAAAACAAUUGAUUGAAAAGGCCAGUGUGAGAUCAAGAGCAAGUGGACCAGAAAAUACGUUCGCAAAGAAAAAGGGCGCUCACCUUUUGGGUUGGAUGCUGCAAAAAGUUGGACAAGAAAUCUGCCGUCAUAUAAGUGGCAAAUGUGGUUGCCACGGCAGAAGCUGCGAAAACAGAUGCCUGAGCGGCUUCUCCAGAAGCUUCCCCACCAGCCGAAGAAGUGGACUUGAAGCGGCGGAAGGCGCCAUUGAACAGGUUUCGAGAGGCUCGGUUAAACAACAUUUUUCUCGGUCAGGUUAAAAUAGUAAAGGUAGUAACACUGAAUCGAAUCAAGACGCAAAAUUGAAAAUAAAUGAGAGAGAGAGAGAGAGUUCUUUUCCUCUUCCCACACAAAAUCGAAUCCUUUUUCUGUGGAUGAGAAUGGUAGCACCGAGAAGGCAGAGCCAAAGAUACUAGCUCUAGCUAGUAGGCAAACAAAGAUACCAUCCUUUGGUAAUGCAACGCUCUUGGAGGUUGGUGCUUCCUCCACCAGGCUCUUGAUGACAACAAGAGCCUCACAAGAGGAAGAACAAGGAUUUGAGAACCCUUUGAGAGGGAAAAGUGUGUUAGGGUAGCACGAUCAACCAUCCAAAAGAAGCAAAAGAUCCUCCCAGGCAUGGAUGAAAGUUCAUUACUGCCGGAAUUUGUGCACCACCUGAAGCAUUAGUGACCACUACUCAUGGCAAUUAUACCAAGCCUUUCGCUCGAGUAGCCAGCUAGCCAGCUAGCUAGCUAGCUAGACAGUGUUUGCAGCAAUUGGACAGGAGAUUGAGCACGGAUGGCACCUCUACAGAGGAAGGGAAGGAAACCGAGCAAGGGCUGGAUAAAUGAACAGCUUGGAAGCAGUGGUUCAAGUACACGCAAGUGACAAGAGUUGAGCAACUACCAUUUCAAGAGUGUUUGUGGCGGUGGGCCUGCUUCAGAGUUGCUGGAGUAUUAGCUUACACAUCGCCAGUGGAACAGCAUCCUCUCGCUACCGGUAGCUAACUACUAGAAACCAACGUGUAGUUGGUACCUUGAAAUGCGGUGAAGACCAUGCUUACUACUACGGUACCGGUAGCUCUGGCUAGUCCUCAGUCGAGUCUAGUAUGCAUAGCUACCAUGGUACCGGUACCGGUACCAGGCAGCUCCGUCCGCGUCCUGAUGAUCCAACAUUCGGUCCAGUGAGUCACCAAUGGAUUGAAUCCGUGACUUU